AUGGCCUUACUAACAACAUAUACUUUGCUAGCCAUACUAUCCCCCCACGUAUCAAGUCUCGGCAUCCAAUUCAUCAACCCCCCAACCCACGGCACAGACGGCGGCCUCUCCAACCCCCCCACCUACAAGCAAGACUACACCAUAAACAUCCAAUGGUAUCCCGGCGACGAAACAGGGCCCUACGACCUAGUCUUGCACCAAGUCAAAACAAUCGGCCAGGACCAGACCGGCUCCGGCGAGUUCAUCAUGCGUAUGGAAUCGGGUACAGGUUCAGCGAGCACACCAACAAGUCCUACCACAAACACCCCGACAAGCACCACCGCAAAUCCAUCGAACCCUCACGACCAAAACAUUCACCAGCAUAUGCACAACGACUUCCAACUAAGCCACAAGAUCGGUCUCGGCAUAGCUAUACCCGCUACGCUUGCCCUUGGAAUAGCAGCUGGCUGGCUACUCUUCCGCCGUCUCCAGAAAAAGAGAAGAAGAAUGUCACACCAAUUACCAGCUACCGAAAUUGAACAGUACGAGCCCGAUAGAGAUGGUCAGAAUCCUAGCGGAGACGUCUACGAAGCGCCGUCGAAUCACAUAUCGGAGAUGGGUCAGCCGCAUAGGAAGGGCUUUGAGCAGUUGGGAGGUGAGCUGGAAGAUAAGCCUGCGGUCGUGCCUGAGGUCUUGCCGUUAAGGUAUGAGAUGGAAGCCAACAAUGUUCAUGAGCUUCAUGAUCAGCCGGUCAAGGCAGAUGAGCCUGUGGUCAAGACGGAGGAUUGA